GUGGAUUGUUGAUAGACUGGCUGCGCUGGGACCGAGGCAGCUGGCCGGGGCUGGGAGCUCAUGAAACAGCAAUAGGUGUAGAAGUUGCCCAUAAAGAUUUGGAAUAAUGUCUAUGGACUUUGAUAGCGGAGCUCUGCAAACACAGCAGGAUGAUGAAGAUGAAUACGAUAGAGAGGAUUACGCCAGAGAGCAAGAGCUUCAACAGUUGCUAACUGAUCUUCCCCAUGAUCUUCUUGAUGACAGCCUGUCGUCGUCUCCUGAGCCUAACUACAGCGAUUGCAGUGGCCAUGAAAUAUCCGAACAGAAUCCACAUUGGGAGCAUGAGACAAGCUGGGACUCGGCAAGAGGAAUACCAAAUCAACAACAACUGCCUCAUUACGCAGGUAACCAAUAUUCCGCGGAUUAUUUUGGAAAACCAGAACAUCUUAGAAACAAUAUGGUUGCAGAGAAGAUGUCCAAUGGAUGGCCUGCCCUCCACAGUGAUGAUGAAAGGAAUGUGUUUCAUGCCAAGUACAAUUAUCCUGAAAUGCAUGCCAAUGAUGAAUCUAACGUGGAAGACUUUCAUGAUAACAACCAUUAUGAUGCAGGAGACCCUUGUUCUAAUAGUGAUUUAUAUCACCUUCCAGAGGAUUUUCAGCCAUACACCAAAAGCCAUCAUCAAGAAGAAGGGUUCCCAGGUCCCAAAAAAGAAAAUUUUCAGAGAUUCAUUCCAUCAGAAGGAACUAACGGACAACCCACAGAGUCCAUUCAAGUAAAGUACCACCCAUACCAAAUAAAUGCGGCACAGAAAGACUUGACGUCUCAAGAUCCGGCAAGAUGUGGUGACAAAUUUGAUGAUCUUCAAAGAGAGUUCUUGGAUACUGGUGAAAGUUCUACAAGUAAUAUGCAGUAUGUACAGCUUCAGGUACUUUACAAAGCAAGAGGGAGACAGCUUCAAGAACUAAAUGAGACGUUAGAAGAAAGUCAGCAGCAAAUUAGAUAUCUCAAUCAUCAGCUUGCAAUAGUCAAAGAUGAGAAAGAUGGCUUGGCUAUUAGCAUGAAAGAAUCUCAAGCACUGCUUCAGAACUCCAAGGAAAUUGAGAUUCAGUUAAAAGGAAAGAUGACCGCUUUGGAGAAAACUGUGGAGGUAUUAACUUCUAAUGAAGAGCAGUUGAGAAAGGAACUAAAAGUAGCCAAGGUUGCAAUGGAGAGCAUGCAACAGCAAGUUAUGGACAUGUGCCGCUCUGAUUCUAUACAACGAGCACGAGAGCAACAUGAAGCUGUUGUGUCAGUGCUUACAAAGAAGCAUGAAGAGCAAGUGUUUGUAUUACAGCAAAAAAUGGAUGCAGUUAAUGCUGCGCUUCAGGAACAAAAAGAAGAAUGCUGCCGAUUGCAGAACCUGGUAGCGCAAGCUGAACGGAAACAAGAAGAAAGCAAAGUGGACAAAACUGAAAUAAUAAACAGGCUGACUAGGAGUCUCGAGGAAUGUCAGAAGCAGUGUGCUGAUCUUUUACAGACCGGGUCCCUACAAGAAGCAACACAGUUACGGAUGCAGCUUCAACAAGUCCAGUCUUCUAAAAUGAUAAAUGAUGGCAUGAACAAAGCCUUGCAGGAUGAAAUUAAUGAACUGAAAGAGCAAAUUACAAUGUAUGAAUCUGCUGCCAACCUGGGGGUUUUCACAAGCCCGUCAGAGCAAGAGCUUUCUGACUCGUAUGUUGAUUUGGGAAUUAAAAAAGUCAACUGGCGCAAAUCACAGCUCCACAGGGCUAUACACGGCAAUGGUGUCAGGAAAGACUUUUCUACAGAUGACAUUAUUAAUGGGCUUAAAAGUGAACUUGAACGUUGUUUAACUAGUAACCGGACAAAAAGGCAGCAGAUUAUCCUACUGCAGUCAGAGCUGAAAGCGUCCCAUUCGAAAACUGAAGAAAUGAAAAAAUCACUUGAAAAAGCAGAAAGAAAUGCUCGUGACUGUGAGAUUAGAACCGGUAGCUUGGAGAGGCAGUUGGAUCCAGCGUUCCCAUAUAGCCAAGCAUCAAACGAGGCUCUCAAGGAGGAAAUUCUGAAACUUGAAAAAGAGAGGCAGCUAUUGCAACAGGACAUUGAGAAAUAUGUGUUGUGUAUUCAAGAAUAUAAAGCAAAUGAAGAAAAAAUAAAAACUGCCAAUCAAGAACUCUGCAGCGAAAUGAGAGGAAUGAUCCAGGACUUUGAUAAAGAUAAAAAGGAGGCCAUAGAGAGGUGUGAGAGGACGUAUGAACAACACCAUGAAGAUAUUAGGAAACAUUUGCAAAUGGAGCUUUCGGAGAGGUUUACUUCAGAAAAGGAGCAAUUAUGCCAACGUUAUGAGGAAAACAUUUUACGGUUACACUCCCAAAUUGAUGAAAUGACUCGAGAGAUGACAGCCAUACAGGAGUGUUAUAUAGCCGUGUGUAAAGAGAAGGAUUCUGUGGAGGAUACAAUACGAGAGAGCAUGAAAGCAGAACUGAAUAUAGAAGAAGAAAAGUUCAAAGAUACAUUGCAGAAGGAAUCCGAAAAGGCUAUGCAAUCUCUAAAAUCCCAGCUAGACCAUCAACAUCAAGCUGCUCUGUCUGAGGCCAAGGCUGAGUGGCAGAGAGAAAAAGAACUUGAACUGAAGCAACAGAUUGCAAUCACAAAAGAAAACUGGAUUAAGGAACAACAGCAGAUUACUGAAUGUGCUAUUCGGGAUGUUGAAAUGGAAUGGCAGCACAAACUCGAUCAAGCUUUACAAGAUGCCAAAUCAAAGGUGAUGCAAAAAGUAGUUGAGAAUUCUGUUCAGACAGAGCAGACGCCAAGUACCAAAAAUGUGUUGGAUUUAGAGGUUAAACUACAGGAAGCUCUAGAAGACAAAGACAGAGCUGUCCGUGAGGCUCGCAGGGAACUUGAAUCACAAUACCAUGAGGAUAUUUCCAAGCAGGUGGAAUUGGCUCUAACAAAAGCUCGUACUCGGUGGCUACAAGAACUCACUACCUUGACGGAAUAUAAGACCAACCUUAAAUUGGAACAGGAGAAAUGGGAGCAGCUCCAUGAGCUUCAAGUAAAAAAACAGAUAUUGGAGGCUGUGGCUGCAGCUGAAGACAAUUGGAGGACAAAAGCUGAAAAGGAUGACUUUAGCUUAAAACAAAAAGAAUAUGAAGAGAAGGUUGCGUUGAUCCAAAGGGAUUUGGAACAAAAGAAUGAAGAAUAUGAGGCGCUGUUAAAAGCUGAACUGGCAAAGGCGCGCACUCAGUGGAAUAAAGAAAAGCAGGAAGAAAUACAAAACGUUCAGGCCCGCAAUGAAGAUGAUUACCGGGCAUUUUUAGACUCGCAUCGCACUAAAAUCAGUGAGGUUCUCUCUGGGGCUAAAGCAGAUUUUGAAAACCAGAAGGCUGAGCUGAUUGCUCAAAAAGAGGCUGAAAUGAAAGAACAAUUAAAUCAGAGCUUAAAACAAUGGGCUGCUGAAACCUCCCAGAGAUUGCAUGACCAUGAGAAUAAGAUCUUAUCAGAAACUGAACUUAUUUUGGCUGAAAUCCAUGAUGAAAUGUUGGAUAAACGUGUAGAGAAGGGCAGAUUGAGUGGGUUGAACAGUUCAGACUUCCCAUUUGUUGAUAAGCUAAGAACGUGCCUCCAGAGAGCCAUAAAGGGUAUUUUCUACAAAGUUCUGACAAAUGCGAAGCAAGAAUGGAAUCAGAAACUCGAUGCAGCACAGACAAAUCAUGACCUUAGCGUCCAAUCAAGUGAGCAGGAAAGGUCCAGCGUGCCAUACAGAGGCAUGCAUAAAACUACAAAGAAGAACCAUUUGGACUAUUCAAGCAAUGCCAGCUUUCAAACCAGUGUCAGAAACAGUGACACUGUUAAAAUAAAAGAUGACACCCACGACUGUUCACGCUGUGAUCAUUGUUUGCGCCAGGUUGAGAAAUUAAAGAAAGAGUGUCACGAACUGCGCAGCAAACUCGACAAAGCUUGUCGGCACCUUCAGCAAGCUGUGAAAGAGCAAAAGCUCAAAGCAGAGAAAAUCAAAGAAAAUGAAACAAUCGCAGAAAACUUAAAGCAAGAAAACACUGAAUUACAACAAAAGCUUGAAGAAAUGAAGACCACAAAGACACAGACCAGUUUUCAGCCAGAAGAGGGUUCUGGAAAUGGCUGUGCUCUUUGCAGAGGAAAUGCCUUAGAAGAAAUGCGUGCUCAGUACAUCAAAGCUGUCGACAAAAUUAGAAAUGAUAUGCUUCGUUACAUUCAUGAAAGUAAGGGAAGGGCAGCCGAAAUGCUGAAAUAUGAGGUCUUACGAGAACGCCAAGAAACUGCGCGGAAAAUGCGCAAAUAUUACCUGACCUGCCUGCAGCAGCUACUGAAGGAUGAUGGGAAAAAUGAGGGUGCUGAAAAGAAAAUCAUGAACGCUGCAAGCAAACUCGCCACUAUGGCCAAAGUUCUAGAAACCCCCAUCUCCCAAAAAUGCCAGAGCAAAAAUAUGCGAACAGCAAUGAUGCUUGCAAACGGUGACUUGCCUGCGACUGAACAAGAUAAAGAUAGUUCACUGCAGACUACACAUCCAUGGACAAGUAACAGACAGAUGGAUCAAAACAUAGAACACAACACCAUGGAUGAGUUAAUUAAGAGGCACAACAGAGAGAAAUCUGAAGGAAGCAAACCGCUUAACGAAGAAUUAGCUCCCCCUAGAAAUGACUACUUCUCUCCAAAGCAACUUACAGACGAUUAUCCAGACAUUAACAUUACUAACUCACGUAAGUUAUAUUCUGUGACUUCUCCGUUUCCCACCCAGACAUGUUUGGAAAAUACCAAAGGAUUUGGCUGCGUUGAUUCAAAAUCUCAGUCUGAGCAUGUGGCAUUUCACAGUAAAGGUGAACCAACUUUUUUACAAGGUCUUAAAAAUUAUAAUUGUGGUGGUGAUUUAAAUGCCAAAUCAGAUAAGCAGAGGUUUGACCUUCAGGAAACACCUGUGCGGGAUGAAAAUGCAACUAAUGACUGGAGCUGUGUUGGUGAUAAACGUCUGAUUCCGUUACAGUCUGCACCGUACUCUUCAAACAGCCUUAAAACACAGCAACAGAACAGCAAUAAUCCAGAGUGUGUUCCUGCAGUAGGUUUGAGUUCUCUUGCACAAGGAAGUCGUGAUCCCUCUGGCAGCGUAUCUGAAGUUCAGAAUUACUUUGCACGGACUGUAAAACAAAAAGAUCAGCCUGUUCGUACACAGCAUCCUAAUAAAAAUGUUGGACUCCAUCUUGCAGCUGUGAAAAACUGUGCUGAUCCAAAGCUGUAUUCAGAUGUAGGUCGUGAAAACAAACUGCCUUCAAGGAAAUUAUUCCAGAGCUAUGUGUCUCCCCAGCAAGACAGUGGGUUUGAUAGCCCGUUUUCUAGAUUGUCCUAGUGUUGAUUGAUCAAGUGAAUUUGGGUGACCUUGGUGUUUCCUCAUGGAUAAGAAGUGAGAAGUUUUGAUGCUUUAAACCAGGGGUGCCAAGGGGUAGAUCCCCAGAUGUUUUUAAUCUCCAGCUUCCAUGAUGCUUUGUCAUUCUAAAGGCAUGGUAAGCAUCAUGGGAGUUGUAGUUUUAUGACAUCUGGGAUCUACCUUUUGGGCAGCCUGCUCUAAACGCAAGUGAAAUAUUUAUUGAUACAUUGACCCAAGUGUGUGUGUAUAUACUGCAGUUUAUAUAUGUUAUCUAUGUUUCUAUACAGAUGAGUGUGUGUGUGUAUGAUUUUUG